GUGAAUUGUUUGCAGCAGGUUUUAUAUCUGCAUGCAAACGUGGAGUUUAGUCUGUUGGAAUUACCGAGUUACUAGAAAUAAGAGAUCAUGUCAGCUUUUGGUUUCCUCGCUUCAUUGCCAGAGGAUCAUUUCGUCUGUACGAUCUGCCUGAACGUCUUCAGUGACCCGGUCACUACACCUUGCGGUCACAACUUUUGCAGGACCUGCCUCACUCAGCACUGGGACAGAAGUGAGUUAUGCCACUGUCCAACGUGCAGUAAAAGAUUCUAUGUGAGGCCCGAGUUCUCCACAAACACCGUCAUCGCAGAGAUUUCAGGCCAAAUCAAGAAGAGGAAGGUGGAGACGCUUGAAGACAUGGAUGCACCGGGGAAAGUGGCGUGCGACGUGUGCACUGAUUUACAGUUCAAAGCCUUGAAGUCUUGCCUGGUGUGUCAGACGUCGUACUGCGAAGCCCAUCUGGAGCCUCACCAGAGAGUUCCCUCUUUAAUGAGACACAAGCUGAUCGAGCCAGUGGAGAAUCUGGAGGAGAGGAUGUGCAGGAGGCACGAGAGGAUAAUGGAGUUUUUCUGCAGAGAUGAUCAGGUGUGCAUCUGUCUGCUGUGCAGUGAGACAGACCACAAAGACCAUGAGACAGUACCUGUUGAAGAAGAAGGGGCUCAGCAGAGAGAAAAUAUUGAGUCUCAAAAAGCAAAGAUCAAACUGAUGAUUGAGGAGAGGAUGGAAAAGAUAAAGGAAUUUAAUGAGGGCUCCGAACUGCGGAAGGUAAAAGCAGACCAAGAGAUUGAGGAGAACAAUACACUAUUCAGUAAUCUGAUAAACCAAGUAGAAGAGAUGCAGGCUAAACUACGAUCAAACAUUCAAAUCAAGCUCAGAAAGUCACAAGAGAAAGACGAAGCGGUAAUUCAGGAGUUGCACGACGAAAUCGCAGAACUGCAGAGAAAACACUCAGAGCUGGACGAACUUUCACAAAAUGAGGACCACCUGUGGCUCUUACAGACUUUGAAGGCUCUGAGCAAUAUUUCCGCCUCCAAGGAUUGGUCCAAGAUCAAGGUUUACUCAGACUUGUGUGUGCAGACGGCAAGGAGAGCCAUGGCUCAUCUUGUGCACACUUUCAAAACUGAACUGAAAACUCUCACAAAAGCAGAACUGACCAGGAUGAGGCAAUAUAAAGAAUCAGUCGCCUUUAACCCUUCCACUGCCGGCGAGGGCCUUGUGGUGACUGAAUCUGGGAAACGUCUGAAGUACUUCAGAGCAGCAAGCCCCUCGUCUGAUGAGUUUGGGAGGUUUGACUGUCCCAUGGUGUUUGGGACGAAGGGCUUCACCUCUGGCCGACACUACUGGGAAGUCCAAGUGGCCCUGAGAAACAACUGGGAUGUGGGUGUUGCCAAGGAAAGUGCCAAGGUUAAUAGGAGUGUACCUGGACUAUGA